GCAUGCUUCUCUAGCCAAUCUACCCCGGCGACCAUCCACGAUGGCGUCCUCACAUUCGUUUUUGUUGUUUCUGUCACUCCUUUGGAUCCAGCUGUCGUCAUUCGUUGCGGCAGCUCCCUGGAUCGUUACUGCCUACUACCAAGAGAACGUCUAUACCGAGUCCGACUACUACGAGACGUAUACCACCACCGAGAUCGAACAAAUCACCCCCACGGUCACCUCCCUGCCACCAGCCAAGUCCACCAUCACCUCAGUCGCCACCUAUCGCGAGUAUGGCGCUUACAAUGAAGUCAUCAACUCCAACUCCGAUAUCACUGUCAUCCAAGAGCUGUACCCCACCGGCGUGGGGGCUGAUUACUACGACUACCUCUACGACACUGAGGACGCCGCCGACAGCACGAUGUUCGUGGUCAACCUGACCUUUACGGCGCCCACAGGCUGCUCCUCGCACUGGACCACGACGACCGCGGCCGAGAUCUACCCGCCGGUCCGCGUGCAGAGCCUACUCCCCUUGACCGCGGUCUCCACCUCCCUGUCCGUCGACAACAGCCAGCCCUUCCAGCCCACCACCUACACCAUCGACAUCGUGUACGUCGACCCGACCCAGGUCCCCAGCAACUCCCUGAGCUCCCUGAGUCAGUACAACCAACCGAGCGAGCUCUACACCGGCGACGGCUGCUACCCCACCAGCACCAGCUCCUCCAGCUCGUACGGCAACGGCUACUACAACGGGUACUACAACAACUGGGACGACGAGAACUACAACUGGUUCCUCGACCCCGACUACUUCGGGAUCUCGCCGCUGGCGCUGACGCUGAUUCUGACCCUCGGCUGGAUCGGUCUGUUCCUGAUCCUGGGCUUCAUCGAGGCCUGGGUGCGCUUCCGCCGCCUGAUGACCGGCUGGCAGACCCGGCGCGGCAUCCCCGUCUUCUGGUCGCUGACCAUCCUCCCCGUGACGUUGUUCCUGCUGUGCUGGUUCCGCAAGGGCUACCGGGCGCGCUCGCAGGCCGACGGCGAGGUCCUGAAGAAGCGCUGGAAGGCGAUGAGCUUCGGGACGAAGCUCAAGCUCUUCUUCGUCUGGGGCUUCCGCUUCAAGUACCCGCCCAUGCUGGGCCCGGCCCCGGCGCGCGUCAAGACCAGCAAGCAGCCCGAGAGGACCCCCGGUCCGCGUCUCCUCGAGCCCAGUCCUGCGUCCAGUCUGGCGCCGCAGUCGAGACAGGGGUCGACGGCGGAGGCCAGUGGCGCGUUGGCUGCCGCCCCGGCUGCCGCUGCUCCCGCUGCUACUGCUGGCCCGGAGAUGGCGGAAACGUCGCACUCGACCCCGGUCGCACAUCAGCCUCCGGCAUCUUCUGCGCAUUCAAAUGCGCAGGAUGAAGAGAUUGGUCAGGCCCGCUAGUGUGCACAUCAAUUUAACCUCUGUGAGGGUGUGUUGUAAUGUGGAUAAGCGAGUUGAGCACCACCGAGG